AUGCAGUAUAAUACCCCAGUUCCGGUUUUUGUCCAGGCCUCUCAUCAACCUCCUCCUACCCUUCUUGCCCGCCCAAGGCCCCGAUUUUGUAUCCUGCGCCCCGGGGGCUUUUGGACACCUCUGAUUCCACUGGACGAGUUGCCUGAUUGGUUAGAGAUUUGCAACUGGGCUCCCGACUUGUAUAUGGGGAUGUACCCGGCAUCAAUGACCUUCAUACCACGAGAAGGGGAGUAUGACGUUUUCUGUCAUCACUGCUCUCACCGAGUGGACUCGCUACACCAAAGUGUCUCAGAACGAGAAGCUCCUUCUGUGGCCCCCAGUAAUGCCGCCAGUAAUGGAACCUCGUCCAAAGACUGUUCUGAACGACAAGUCUCUCCAAACGCUUAUCACACCGAUGCUGUUUCAUUGCCUACGGUGCUCCAUCGUGGCUCCCCAGAGCACUUCUUGGAACAGCCUCCUUUCAGUGCGAUGCUCCAGACGCCUUUUGUUGGAAUGUGUGUGGUCGACAUGAACUCACAGUAUCCGGAUAUUUCUCAGGACCCUGCUGGCCCAAAGCGACGUAUGAGCAUCGAAAACUCGAUCCCUUCUCAGAUCUUUGCCGCAGUCGGCAUUGGCAGCCCUCCUCUUUCCGUGGCGAAUUCGGGAAAUUCCCGCAGGCCUGACUCGCCUUAUCCACAUGCACAUGACAGCGGAUCUUUUGGCAAACCUAAGCGUGUUGAAUCACUGCGGAACGAAAGCGUUGCGUCAAUGCAAAGUGGCAGUGUUGCGUCGACUCGAUCUCUUACAGUUGCUGCCAUUGAACAAAUGAAAAGGAUGCGAAGAAGAAGGCUCUCUCGCGGAAGCAGUUUGCUUGCAAGUAUCAGUAUCGCAGGAGCAACAAAUCUGUCUCAGGUCUCAGGCUCAAAGAUAUCCAAGGUUUCGAAAGAUUCCUCUAUCCGCGUUAUCUCAAAGUAUCGUCCAAAGGUUAUACUGCGUCGUCGACGCGCGGAGGAAAGGAAAACCCGCAAACCCAAGUCAGAGACCUCAAUAGAGGUGCGGCUGAAGCCGGAGCAACCGAAUUCUGCUACCAAGAGACGCGAUCGUCGUCAGCGCAUGAUGAAACGCAGAAAGCAAUCUGAUCGGGGCAAGCAACCUUAUCGAAACAUGAUGCAGAUUCCACAUUGGAGCCCGGGUAUGUGCAAGCACUAA